CGCCGGAGUUUCAAAAGAAGAGCGCCCGGACAAAGGCGGCUCGAAAGUCUAAGAAGGGUGGCUCAUUGCACACUUGUGGUUCAGUGUCCAUGGGGACUGCUCGGAGGAAAUUGAAAGUUUCUCUUGGUAGACCACCCACUCGACAUGAGCUAUGGAAGAAGACCCAUAUGAAAAUCGAAGAUGGAAAAGAAGUUUGGGUUGAGCCACGGGCAGAGGAUACCUAUAAUCGGUAUAAUCAAGCAAUGGAGGAUCUCAUUAGGAAUCAGCCGACUGAUGAUCAAGGCAAUCCAAUCACGCCAUCAGAGGAACAAGCUCUCUCCUGUUGGUUAGACGUGGUUGGUGGUGUAAAUAAGGGAAGAGCCUAUGGCCUUUGCUCCGAGAAGAACUUUCACCGCAUCCAGUGUGGAUUGCAAGGUAUAGGGAGUUCUGCCACUGUGUCAAAUGAGCAGCUCGAGGAGAUGCGAGACGAGCUUCGGGAACUUGCUAGGAAAUAUGAGCAGGAACAGAAUAAAAGAUUGAAGGAGGAGCGACGUAGGAUAGUGCUUGAGUCAGACGUCAAAGAACUCAAGGCCCAAGUGUGUAACCUCAUCAAGUUGCCCCGUUCUCCACCCCCGAGCCCUGAUCAUGAUGAUGGAGAGGAUGAGGAGGAUCAGGAGCAUGGAGAUGAUGAGGAUCAGGAGAAUAGAGAGUAUGGAGAGACUGAAAUGGAGUAUUAGAGGUCAGUUCUUAUUUUUGUUUGUCCAUUUGGUGAACAGAUGCUAUGUGUGCCAAAAAGAGUCAAGA